AUUUCUAUUGACUUUCGAAUCAGAAGACUCUCGAGAGAGGGAGUACCUCAAGACAAUCCUACACCGCAUAUAUGGUAAAAUGAUGCCCAUGCGGGCUUUUAUCCGUCGCUCGCUACAGCACUCCCUCUUGCGUGUUACCAGUGAAUCAGCUGAGCACAACGGCGUAGCUGAGAUGCUGGAGAUUCUGGGUUCGAUAAUUAACGGAUUUGCUAUUCCACUCAAGGAGGAGCACAAGCUGUUCCUCGAAAAGUCUCUAAUGCCUCUGCACACCGCUCGAUCCCUCAACUCGUUCUUCCAGCCGCUCUCUUACUGCAUCACACAGUACGUUGAAAAAGACCCUCGGCUGGCCACGAUGGUCAUUAAAGGACUACUGCGUUUCUGGCCGGCGACGAGCCCAUCAAAGGAGGUUCAGUUCCUCACUGUGAUGGAGGAAGUUCUCGAACUCACUCAAACACCAGAACUAGAAGUGAUAAAGUUGGCUCUCUUCAAGAGGCUAUCUAAAUGCCUCGUCAGUUCCCAUUUCCAGGUAGCCGAGAGAGCUCUGUUCUACUGGAACAACGACUCCAUCGUGCGUAUCAUCAAUGAUAAUCGACGCAUAGUCUUCCCUAUAAUUGUUGGCCCUCUGUAUGAUAAUUCAUUAACACAUUGGAAUAGUACAAUACAUGGGCUUACCUGCAACGUAUUGAAGUUGUUGAUGGAGGCUGAUCCUCCUCUUUAUGAUUCCUGCAGUGCUGCCCAUCGUUCGCA